CUUUUCUCCUCCUCCUCCUCAUCGCCCGCUGUAAAUGCUAGCCAUGGAGACGGAAGUAGAGAAUUAAGGAGAAAAGCUUUACGGGGAUAGAGAUUGGUGGACAGCAGUGCCAGGUCGUGGAGACUGUGCAUGAAGACGAGUUAGUUGACUUAGACACUGGUGUGUGAAAAAGCCAGAUCAUGAGUAACUACACUGUCUGUUUGCAAGGUCCAGCCCCAUGGGGCUUCAGACUUCAGGGGGGCAAAGACUUCAACAUGCCCCUGACUAUCUCCAGGCUGACUGAAGGUGGGAAAGCUGCCCGUGCAAGCAUCGAGGUCGGGGAUGUGCUUCUGUCCAUCGAUGGGCUCAGCACUGAUGGAAUGACUCACAUGGCAGCUCAGAAUAAGAUCAAGGCGUGUACUGGAUCCUUAUCACUCAACCUGCAGAGGGCUGCUCCUGCUCCGAAACCAGCAGGAACGACGGUUCAGAAGGAUGAGCUCCAGGAAGUAACACACCCUGUGCCUGUUGCAUCUGUUGCUCCUCUGAUGUCAAAGGUCCCAUCUGCACCCAGCUCGGCCUACAAUAUGACGGCUCGUCCUUUUGGAGCCUCAUCGUCUCCAAAGGUCACGCCGACGUCUGCAUCAUCCCAGCCUGCAGCCUUUUCCCCAGCUUCAUCACCCCUCACUCAGCCUCUGCCUCCAUCACCAGCAAGCACUCUCAAUAAUUCCGCUCCCCCACCAUCAGUGCCUGUUGCAUCUCCACCACAAACGCAUGCCAGUUUUAAACCUGGUGUCAAUGGGCGCACGCCACCAGUCACCACUGCUAAACCGACAGUAACCUCGUCCGUUAAUGUCCCAUGGCAGCCCAAGGUGUACAACACGCCCAUAAACCUCUACUCCUCUGACAACGCCCAUGAGGUGGCAGAGGGACAGAAGAGAGGACUGAGAGAGGGGCAGAGCGAUGCCAAGCAGCAGAAUGGCUCCACGCGGCGAUACAUGGCCAGUGUCCAACCUGAUGUCCAUUAUCAUCAUAACCUGAGUGAUCAGAGCAAGAAACGUCUGAUGCAAGACACUGAAGAUUGGCAGCCAAAGACUGGCCUUGCUCAGUCACGCUCUUUCUGUAUUCUUGCCCAGAUGACUGGCACUGAGCAUAUGGGUGAGACAACUCCAGCAAGUGAGACCAGCAAGAAGACAAGUGGGGAUGCUGUGGAUGUUCCUCAGCCCAUUGGCCCAGCCACGGCUUCUGUCAAGCCCAUGUCGAAGAUGCCCAGUGGGGUCUGUCACACCUCCCCCGUUGCUGCUGUGUCCAGCCCAACCUUCAAACCUAGUGGAGUUGCCGGAUCUACCAGGCCAGCAGGUUGGCAAGCUGCCAACUCAGCAGCUAACAGUUCCCCCCGGACUGUGCUCCCCACUGCCCAGGUAUCACCGGCAAGCCAACCUGGCUGGGGGUCCGGAUCAAAGGCAGCCAGCAUCGCAGUGAGCAAGUCAGAGCCGCAGGAUGAUGACACACUGGUUCAGAUGGCCGAGCAUAUCCCAGCAGGCAACAGGACGCCAAUGUGUGCUCACUGCAACUCCAUCAUCAGAGGUCCUUUCCUGGUGGCAAUGGGUCGUUCCUGGCACCCUGAAGAGUUCACCUGUGCCUACUGUAAUCUAUCCCUUGCCCACAUUGGGUUCGUGGAAGAGAAAGGGUCUGUAUAUUGUGAGAAGUGCUAUGAGCAAUUCUUUGCCCCUGAAUGUGCCCGAUGCCAGAGGAAGAUCCUGGGGGAAAUUAUUAAUGCCUUGAAGCAGACCUGGCAUGUUAACUGCUUUGUGUGUGUGGCCUGCAAGCAACCUAUUCGCAACAAUAUUUUCCACAUGGAGGAUGGCGAUCCUUACUGUGAAAAAGAUUACUAUAAUUUAUUUGGCACUAGUUGCCAUGGCUGUGACUUCCCUAUAGAGGCUGGUGAUAAAUUUCUUCAAGCACUGGGCCACACCUGGCAUGAUACCUGUUUCGUCUGUGCAGUGUGUUGUGCGAAUUUGGAAGGCCAAACCUUCUUCUCAAAGAAAGACAAGCUCCUAUGCAAGAAGCAUGCUCACACAGUGAACAUCUAAAGCUCAUUGAGCUGUGAGAAAGAUGAGGAUUGAAGACAACAUACAGGAGGGACGGAAUACAAAUGAAUAUUUUGCUUUUUUUUCUUGUUGCUAUGAAAGGCAUCCAAACCAUAAUUUUAGUCAUUGGGAUGUGAAGGGGGAAAGGGAUGGGUGUGAGGUGUUUGAAUCUAUUUUGGGCUCUUUUUAGAUCUUUAACUCCAAAUACUUAGGUGGUUGGUAGCCAGUGUAAUGGCUUCAUUUCACCGGCUGAAGAUCUGCAUUCAAGUAGCUAUCUUUUACUGACCUCUUGCAUAACAUUUAUUUAGAUAUGCCUUCAAACAGAUCCUUUUUUUUCAAACUUUGCAUAAAUGUUCCUUGUUCCUCUAAAGGCUUUAUGUAAUAGUGUAGGCAUUCAGUUAAAAUGAUCAUAAUAAGUGUUUACUAGGACACUUGUUUCCAAAUUUAAUAUCUGCCAAAUUUAUUUAAAAUCAUAUUGUUACAGUUUAUUCUGAAAUCUUGCCCUUCCUGGAUUCAGAAUUCACUUGGUCCCUUGUUGUGCAUUGAGGAGCACUUUCACAAUUAAACUCCUUACAACCAUCAGUUUAUUUUGGAAGAAAUUAAUACAUGAGACGGCAAAAAUUGGCAAGGGCUUUGUGAAUAAGUCGUUUGGAAUUUGACAGAUAUCUAUGAAGGAAAAUAGUGUUUUAUUUACACAUAGAUGAUGGACUGGCCAGACUUGGUCUUGUUGAUCUCUGUUGGAAUAUGCAUAGUGAGAGAUGGAUUUCACAUCAUUGUGAUGUGCUUCUUGUGAAACAUCUUUAACCACUGUUUCAUGGUUAAAUUAAGUGCCACCCCAUUGUGAAAGUCAUGGUUAAGUUUAGGAGUAAUGAAACCAUCAAGCUCUGGGAAUCCUGGAAUUGUCCAAUUUUAUUAAACUGGAAGAGUCUGGUGUGAAAUCUAAUACUACAAAUUAACUGGCAAUUACUUUCCCGGAUCUACUGGGCUUUGUUUAAAGUUAAUAUAGUGUCUUAAAUGUGCAUCUCAUCUGAGUGGUAAACUAAUUGAAGGCUGCUGAAGUGGUGUUCUGACGGCAUUGUAAUCAAUUUUGGGAACCAGAACGGGAAAGCUUUUGGGUGGAAGAGAGCUUCUCACUGUCAUGAUCACUCAGCAUGGAGGGAAGGAGGGAUUCUACACCUCGUAAGCAUCCUUUGAGCAACCUCUUGCUGUUUCUUAUGACUGGACGUCUGAACGGUGAUCCAUCCACAAGAUCAGUCUGGACCAGGUACCUUUGUAGAGAACCAGGAAUUAUCUCAAAUUGAGAUUUCCUCAUUUAAAGGAAAGCAAAGAUCUCCCAACUUCAUCUCUGUGAUGUACUGCAAUCCAUAGUAUACACAGGAGAGUACCCGUUACAGGGUUCUGCAGCUUUGUUUAUAACUGCCUAUCUCCUGCUGCAUUAAUUAUAUUGUCUGGAACUGUUUGGAUAAGGGGAUUUAUAUUGCAUCUUGAGACAACCAGGUGUUUGUGGUGAGAUUAUCCACACCCCCCACCUGCCCCCCUUACAUUAUUGGGCAAUGGGGCUGGGAGAGGUCAUUGAUCUAACUAGUAUAACUAGUAUGAUGGUCAUCAAUAUCUGUGGAUUUCUACCCAGUUGAAGUUUACCAAGCCUCUGAUUAAUGAACAGGUAGUUUAACUAUUUAUACCAUGAUGUAUAGCUAAACUGUUCUGUUGUAUUGGUGUAACUCUGUGUACAUGAAUGAAUGUGGCAGGAGUGGGGAAGGAAUUUCACAUGCAUUCCUUUGACCCUCAGUCCAUCUUUAUCUUGGGUUUACAAAUCAAUAAAGGGCAAUACCAUUGUAUCCAAUGCAUUUACAUUUAAAGGGCUGCAAAAUGUAUCAGGUCAAUGAAAAGCGUGAAAGCUGAGAGGAUUCGAGUAUGUAUAAAGAACAUUUCUUCUCGACAGAAUGUUUCACAGUUGCCUUUGGGAGUUAAAGUAUUUGCUUCCUUGUUCCUUGUGUAGUAGGGCAAGGUACUCUGGGCAGGAAAGGGGGUGCUGUACAUGUUUGUUAAUUUAGUUUGAGAUCAUCUCUCUUAUUCCAGUACAUUCUGUGUUUUAUGUCAACGUACAGGUCAUAUGUUUAGGUUGGUUAAAGGUUUCACCUGUCAAAGAUAGUUUCACAAGUAAAGUUGCAUGUCACUUUAGUACGAUGAUAAUGUUCAUAGACAAACACAGCUUCUCAUACGUUUUAUCUUUUGAAGACAGGAUCCACAAAUUAAAUUUUCUUUAGAUGGCUCGUAGCAUAAUCUGUAGUUUUGUAAACUCAAUAACAAGGUGUAGUUCCAUUACAAUCCAUCACAAUGGUAUUCAAGGGCAAAUUGGAUAGAAAACAACUUUCAUGCCCCAUUCUGACUUCUUUUAUGCAGUAGAAAACACACCUCUACCCUUGUCUAUUGUAUCUGGGACAUUUGAUUAGAACUAGGUAAUGUGAUAACCAAGCAGCACCAUUACCUAGAGAAAAGAACUAAAGGGCUUAGUUAAGCUAUCUCACGCCUUGAUACAUUAUUGCAUUUGUCUAAGAGUGAGAGGUCUUGUAUGAUAUCUUGAGAUGGUGAGUCUGUUGUGUGGUGGGAGGUGAAUCACAGGCAAAGUACUCAGCAUCUCAACCCAAUGUCGCUAAUGCUUCUCAUUCUCAACUGUUGGACCUUUUGUUUCUUAAGGAUGAACUGAAAUUCUUCAUAUUGUGCUGAAGUUAUGAGGAAGUAAUUGUCACCCAGGCAAAUUUUAUUUUUAAUGGUUGAAAUGUAUUUUAUUAACUAUAUUGGAGUAUUUUCCCAGGUGUGAAAACUAAUAGAGAUGGGUUGUUUCUGUUUGUGCACAGAAUCUGAAUGAAUGUGUCAAUUAUCUACCUGCAUCAGUUUUCUUCAAUGUUAUAAGUCCAUCUAUACAAAACAGAGGGGAGCCAAGAGUGUAUUAUACCUGGAGUGAAUUGUGUGAGAGAAAAUUGUAGUCUUUGUCAAAAAAAGGUCAUGGUUUGAUUUUUAAAUAACCAGCUUUUCUCUUGGCACAUUUUAAAAGUAAGUUAGAACCCAGGGCAUCCUGUGCCAAGUUACAUGCCUCCCCUCAUUCACCUAAAUGCCAUGAUAAAGGAGGAUCUGGGGUUGUAUCAGAGGAAGACGUGGGGAGUUGAUAUUUUGAUAUGUGUUGAGCUCUUCAUUUCUGCCAAACCUCCCCCACCCCACUCCAUCACUAGCCCCAUACAUUUUGUUAUGUAAGCCAUGACAAAUGUUACUGUGGUCAGACGUCACACAACACCAGGUUAUAGUCCAACAGGUUUAUUUGAAAUCACACGCUUUAAGAGCACUGCCCUUUCACCUGACGAAGGGGCAGCAUUCUGAAAGUUUGAAAUUUCAAAUAAACCUGUCAGACUAUAACCUAGUGUCGUGUGACUUCAGAUCAUGUCCACCUCAGUCCAACACUGGCAUCUCCACUCUUGGACGUUAUUAUAGCAAUGAACUCGACUUGCAGUCAGUUCAUUUCAGCCUACUGUCUGUAACGCAUAUUUGUCUGUGAGCUAAUUUGGAUUUAUGCAGUACCGAGUGCACUUCUAGGAAAUACUUAACAUUUUGUGCUGAAUCUCAAUUGCUUGCUUGAACGAGUACACUGUGGUUUUGUAUCGACUUCUAUUAGCAAACAAACCCAAGCCUUUUUGAUAUUAGCCUCAACAGAAUGACAUGAGUAUUCACCCACUCAUCAUUCUGCAGCAGAUUGUAUUAAAUAUUUUUGAUGUACUUGAGAAACACUUCACAUGGUCAAUCCACCUGAGUUUGCUCCACUUCUAACUGGAUUUAGAAUUGAUUUUCAAAAGGUCUAGAGAUGUUGAGAGCUGAAAAUUAAAAUCACUGAAAUAUAACAUAAGGAAAUCUACCUGGAUUUAAAAUGUUUUAAGGAGUUGUAUGAGAGUUUACUUUCAUAUUUAUGCAUGCCUCAUUUAUGAAUAUAUGCAGUGAGAAUACUUUUAAAAUGAAAUGUUAAUUGCCAAUGUGCUUCCACUCGAUCACUAGUUUGACUGUAUCAGAAAUAUAAUAACAUGAUUUGCUUCCCUAUAUGCAUAUUAAUAAAUUUUUAAUUUCUCAUUCUUUA